GAUCGCCAUGUAUUCCGACGUUGGCGGACGCGACACCGAUUCGGAUUUCGUUUCAAUAGGACGCCAAACAACGCCACGAAGACCGUAAGGAUAGCGCGCCGAUAACAUGAAUUGUAUACGAUAGAUUAUGUACCAUAUAAUAGUAUAUUAUAUCACUAUACUUGCACCGUAUUACUCUAUGACUAUUGUCGUCGAAGAAACAGAAAAAGAAAAAGAUGACGUACUUCGGCAAAAACGCACUGGACAAAAACGUUAUGAAUUUGAUGCAGUUUUUGGCGAAGAUUCUACACAAGACGAAGUGUACGAGAAAACGACGAAAAGCUUGGUCAAAGAUAUACUUGUCGGUUUCAAUGCUACCGUUUUCGCUUAUGGAGCGACAGGCAGUGGUAAGACCCAUACAAUGGUUGGGCAUGGUGGAGAGACGGGUAUUAUGGUCCGAGCAAUCAGCGAUUUGUUUGAUAUAGUGAGCAAAAAUGCUUACCGGUAUACGGUGAAAAUGUCGUAUUUAGAAAUUUACAACGAGAACAUCCGAGAUCUAUUGAACCCGACGUCGGGUUUCCUGGAACUCCGGGAAGAUACGUCUAGAAACCGUAACAUUCAAGUGGCCGGUCUGUCGGAAGUUGUUGUGGUGUCCAUCGAGGAAGUGAUGGGACUGCUGCACCAGGGCAACCGGCAGCGAACGGUGGAACCGACAGGGGUGAACAAGACGUCUUCCAGGAGUCAUGCGCUGCUCAGCGUGACGGUGUGUAAGGCGUCCAGAACGGCAACGGCGGUGCGCCAGGGCAGACUGUUUAUGAUCGACUUGGCGGGCUCCGAAAGAGCCAGCCACACCAAGAAUCGAGGUAAACGACUCAAAGAAGGGGCACACAUCAACAGAUCUUUGCUGGCGUUAGGAAACUGCAUAAAUGCCCUGAGUGGGGGUACGAAUCCGCGAUUUGUGAACUACCGCGACAGCAAGUUGACCCGGUUGCUUCGCGAGUCGUUGAGCGGAAAUUGCCGAACCGUCAUGAUCGCCCAUGUCAGUUCAGCGGCGUCGCAUAAAGACGAAACCAGGAACACUUUGAUUUACGCUGCCAGAGCCAGCGGUAUUUCGCAUAAAGUCGAACGGAACGUUUUGAACGUGUCCUUCCAGGUAAACCAAUACAGGUCGGUCAUAGCCGAUUUACGCAACGAGAUAUCUAGGCUGAGAACAAAACUGGACGAGGGUCGUUCCAAGUCUUCGAGCGGCGUGCACAGUGACACACCUGUGAAUCAAAUUAGAGAUCAAAUAGUGGGCACGUUCCGCGAACAAAUGAAACUCAGGCGCAAACUGAUGGACAUCGAUGGACACCUGUUGUCGCUGGGCGUCGAAGCUGAACGGCAACACCAGAUCAUCAGCCAGUGGGAAUCGAGAAACAACAAAUUGUACUGCCGGAGGACCAGCAACCAGCGGAGACCGAACACGAAGGGUUCCAACGGCACCGCAAACACGGCGGAGUCGCUGGAUAACGACCAGUUAAACAUGCACCAGGCGUGGUCCGACUUGAGCUACAUCGAACACGAACAAGAGCGUUACGUGGCACUCAGGUCCAAGACGGUUAGCGAAUUGGAUUCGGUCCGGCAACAAGCAGUGGCCCUGGAAAACAACCUCCCGAAACGUUUGGACUCGGAAACGGAACGCGAAUUGCUGUCGCUGAUAUGCCGCGUACACGAGCUGGAAGCCGACAAGAUGGCGUUGCAAGGAGAACGGCUGGUCGAAUCGUACGAGCUGCGCCGCAGGGGAGACCUGUUGCACCGGAUGCACCGGCAACAGCGCAUCACCGACGACAUCAUUACGAAGCAGCGGCAAAUCAUCGAAGGUCAGAACAUGCCGUUGCCAGCCGAUUUGAAAGAUCUAUACCGGUCGUACCAGCAAGAAAUACACGCCAACUCGUACAACUCCGACGUCAUCACCACACCUUUGACAUCCGCCAUGCAUUCGAUCGACAAAAGUUUUGAAAAAACGACAAUUGACGAUAGAUCGGAUAAAAACAAGUACACCGUGCCGCCAACCGUGGAAAGUCGCGGUCACGCAAUAACACCGGAAUCAAGACUCGGUACCACCUCAAGCAAUGAGAGUUUGGCGGCCUUUGACUGGGAAAAGGAAGCUGGAAGCUUGCCACCUAUCAACACACAGUCGGCUGCCACGCAUUCCAGGGACGAAAUCCCGUCGCCCGUACCGGCUUCCGUGCUGUUUCCUCCGAUUUCCAAUCGCUUUCGUUAACGCGUGUUCGUUCCUCGCAGCCCACGUACUUUCGCAAGUUCUAAACACCUAAGCGGGCGGAUACCAAACCGCCACUUUCUACUUGUACUCGCGAUCGUCUGCAACGUUAUAUAUUCACCGCAAUGGACGCGAGGAGGGGAGCGGAAUUGUUUACGCUCCGCGACCAUAUAUUCUCAACACACGGACAACUAUACAAGUACAUUUUUCGAAAUUACCUUGACAAAUCGCAACUCGCCAUCGACGUCUGUAACGGUUCGCCGUUACCCACAAUCCAUACACAACUAUAUACACGCAUGUACAUGAAAAAAUAUUAAUAAAUACGCUGAAAUAAUAUUGACAAUAA